AUGUCUGCACUCCGAAGGAAAUUUGGGGACGAUUACCAGGUAGUGACCACUUCUUCGAGCGGUUCGGGCUUGCAGCCCCAGGGACCAGGACAGGGCCCUCAGCAGCAGCUUGUACCCAAGAAGAAACGGCAGCGGUUCGUGGACAAGAACGGCCGGUGCAAUGUGCAGCACGGCAACCUGGGCAGCGAGACCAGUCGCUACCUCUCGGACCUCUUCACUACCCUGGUGGAUCUCAAGUGGCGUUGGAACCUCUUUAUCUUCAUCCUCACCUACACCGUGGCCUGGCUCUUCAUGGCGUCCAUGUGGUGGGUGAUCGCUUAUACCAGGGGUGACCUGAACAAAGCCCACGUAGGCAACUACACUCCCUGUGUGGCCAAUGUCUAUAACUUCCCCUCUGCCUUCCUCUUCUUCAUCGAGACCGAGGCCACCAUCGGCUAUGGGUACCGCUACAUCACCGACAAGUGCCCCGAGGGCAUCAUCCUCUUCCUCUUCCAAUCCAUCCUUGGCUCCAUCGUGGACGCUUUCCUCAUCGGUUGCAUGUUCAUCAAGAUGUCCCAGCCCAAAAAGCGCGCCGAGACCCUCAUGUUUAGUGAGCAUGCGGUUAUCUCCAUGAGGGACGGAAAACUCACUCUCAUGUUCCGGGUGGGCAACCUGCGCAAUAGCCACAUGGUCUCGGCGCAGAUCCGCUGCAAGCUGCUCAAAUCUCGGCAGACACCUGAGGGUGAGUUCCUUCCCCUUGACCAACUUGAACUGGAUGUAGGUUUUAGUACAGGGGCAGAUCAACUUUUUCUUGUGUCCCCUCUCACAAUUUGCCACGUGAUCGAUGCCAAAAGCCCCUUUUAUGACCUAUCCCAGCGAAGCAUGCAAACUGAACAGUUCGAGGUUGUCGUCAUCCUGGAAGGCAUCGUGGAAACGACAGGGAUGACUUGUCAAGCUCGAACAUCAUACACAGAGGACGAAGUUCUUUGGGGUCAUCGUUUUUUCCCUGUAAUUUCUUUAGAAGAAGGAUUCUUUAAAGUCGAUUACUCCCAGUUCCAUGCAACCUUUGAAGUCCCCACCCCUCCAUACAGUGUGAAAGAGCAGGAGGAAAUGCUUCUCAUGUCCUCCCCUUUAAUAGCACCAGCCAUAACCAACAGCAAAGAAAGACACAAUUCUGUGGAGUGUUUAGAUGGACUAGAUGACAUUAGCACAAAACUUCCAUCGAAGCUACAGAAAAUUACUGGGAGAGAAGACUUUCCUAAAAAACUCCUGAGGAUGAGUUCCACAACUUCAGAAAAAGCCUAUAGUUUGGGUGAUUUGCCCAUGAAACUUCAACGAAUAAGUUCAGUUCCUGGCAACUCUGAAGAAAAACUGGUAUCAAAAACCACCAAGAUGUUAUCGGAUCCCAUGAGCCAGUCUGUGGCCGAUUUGCCACCAAAGCUUCAAAAGAUGGCUGGAGGACCUACCAGGAUGGAAGGGAAUCUUCCAGCCAAACUAAGAAAAAUGAACUCUGACCGUUUCACAUAG